AAGGGACAAGACUGGGAAAUGGGGGUAGGGGAGAGGGUGGAAGCCCCACCUAGGGCGGUGGCCUGUAAAGGGAAAAGGACAGACAGGAACCUGGGAAAGAAGCAGGAUGGCAGCAGGGGCAACGGCUGGAACCUGGAUGCUGGUCCUCAGUUUAUGGGGGACAGUAGUAGGCGGUCAAAACAUCACAGCCCGGAUGGGGGAGCCAUUGGUGCUGAACUGUAAGGGGGCCCCCAAGAAACCACCCCAGCAACUGGAAUGGAAGCUGAAUACAGGCCGGACAGAAGCUUGGAAGGUCCUGUCUCCCCAGGGAAGCCCCUGGGACAGUGUGGCUCGUGUCCUCCCCAACGGCUCCCUCCUUCUUCCGGCAGUUGGGAUACAGGAUGAGGGGACUUUCCGGUGCCGGGCAACGAACAGGCAUGGAAAGGAGACCAAGUCCAACUACCGGGUCCGAGUCUACCAAAUUCCUGGGAAGCCAGAAAUUAUAGAUCCUGCUUCUGAACUCAUGGCUGGUAUCCCCAAUAAGGUGGGAACAUGUGUGUCCGAGGGAGGCUACCCUGCGGGGACUCUUAGCUGGCACUUGGAUGGGAAACCCCUGAUACCUGAUGGAAAAGGAGUGUCUGUGAAGGAAGAGAUCAGGAGACACCCCGAGACAGGGCUCUUCACACUCCAGUCAGAGCUGAUGGUGACCCCAGCCCGGGGAGGAACUGCCCACCCCACCUUCUCCUGCAGCUUCAGCCCAGGCAUUCCUCGGCGCAGGGCCUUGAACACAGCCCCGAUCCAGCCCAGUGUCUGGGAGCCUGUGCCUCUGGAGGAGGUUCGAUUGGUGGUGGAGCCAGAAGGGGGAGCAGUAGUUCCUGGUGGGACUGUGACCUUGACCUGUGAAGCCCCGGCCCAGCCUCCUCCUCAAAUUCACUGGGUGAAGGAUGGCAUGCCCCUACCCCUUCCCCCUAGCCCCAUCCUGCUCCUCCCUGAGGUAGAACCUCAGGACCAGGGGACCUACAGCUGUGUAGCUACACAUCCCAGCCAUGGGUCCCAGGAAAGUCGUUCGGUCAGCAUCAGCAUCAUAGAAACUGGUGAGGAUGGGCCAACCACAGGAGAUGUGGGAGGAUCAGGGCUGGGAACUCUAGCCUUAGUCCUGGGGAUCCUGGGAGGUCUGGGGAUAGCCACCCUGCUCAUUGGGAUCAUCAUAUGGAGAAGGAGGCGACUCCGUGGAGAGGAGAGGAAGGCCCCAGAAAACCAGGAGGAAGAGGAGGAACGUACAGAGUUGAAUCAGUCAGAGGAGCCGGAGGCAGCUGAGAGUGGAACAGGAGGGCCUUAAGGGAGCCCCAAGACAGAUCCUGUCCUUCAGCUCCCUUGCUUUUCUCCCUUGAACUGUGCUGGCCCCAAACCCUCCCUGUACAAUCUCUACCUCACCUCGCCACACUUUCUUCCACAACCAGAGCCCUCUGCAAACCAUGCUGAGUAAACACCUGACACAUCA